CCCAACACGGAGGGCUCUGCCAUAGACACUGGUGCCUCGCCUCGUGAACACUCCUGGCAAAAGCAACUAACUUGCGACUCAUUAAGUGGAGACAACAGUGAAGUGGGUGGUCCAGUGUUCAGCCAGUGACCGUGGCUCACCCAUACCGAAGGACUGUUUAGGACAUAACCCGCCCUGACUACCAUUGUGAUGAACUUUGUCCAGAAUCCGCCUGGAGUGUGGGCGUGGAUAGUGGGUGACGCCCCCGCAGUCAGAGACACCUUGGCCAAGUUUAGAUGGGAGUCUCCCGCGGUGGUGCUGAAGAUCGUCGAGAGUGUGCUGAGGGGCAUCGCUCAGGUUGUGUUUGUAAACAAUCCACUAUCUGGACUGCUCAUCCUGAUUGGUCUGUUCUUGAGUGACGUCAGUUGUGGCCUGGGAGCUGUCGUGUGCUCCCUCGUCGCUGUGUUUGUUGCCAAGCUGCUGAACAUGCCGGAACCCAACAUAGAGGCAGGAUUAACAAACUUCAGCGCCGUGUUAGUGGGCACCGUCACACCAGCCCUCUACCCCAUCUUCUUCCACCAGCCUCUCUCACCACCCGUCUGGGGCUACAUGGUGGUCGCUGCAGCCUUCAGCGUGUGUUUGUCGGGCGGCCUGGGGAAGAUCUUGGGUGUUCACAACAUCCCGUCCUACACCCUACCCUUCAACGUGGCCAAUGCCAUGAUCUUCAUAGGCAUGAGGGCGGCGGGCUACGGUGCCAACCCCGCCACCACCGACAACCUGCAGCAGCUAGUGACGGACGUGGAGUGGAAUCGGGUGUGGCUUGGAACACUGCUGUCAGCCGGGCAGGUGUGGGCUGUAGAGAACGUGUGUUGCUCCGUCCUGGUGGUGGUGGCCUCCUUCAUCUGCUCUCCUCUACUCACCCUCGUCACCUACACGGGAGGAGCCAUCGCUACCUUUACUGCUCUGUUAGUGUCGUCGGCGCCGUACGAGUUGGUGUACGCGGGCGUGUGGGGAUACAACGGGUUUCUGUCUGCUGGUUCCAUCGCGUUCUUCAUGGUGAUCACCCCCAGGACGCUCCUCCUCGCCCUUAUCAACGUCGUCUUCACCACCUUCCUCCAGGCAACUCUCGCCCCAGUCUUCUCCCUCACACAGCUGCCAGUGUUCACGAUGCCGUUCGUUCUAUCCUCCAUUAUCUUCCUGGCUCUGGCUACGUCACUGGGGCCCACCUCACUGCGUGUUGCCUCCCCUUCCUUCCCUGAACAACACCUCAUGCUUUACGUCCAGAGGCCCACCAUCGACGACGAGGCCAGGGGGAAGGAUACAUACGAGGGUACUGAAAUGCCUAUUGUAUAACUCUCGCUUGAGGAAAGUAGGCAGUUACUCUUCCUCACCCAUAGUUCCUACUACUAGAACUGUGGACCUGGACCAUACGAAGAACUGUGGACCAUACGAAAAACUGUGAACCAUACUAAGAACUGUGGACCAUACUAAGAACUGUGGACCAUACUAAGAACUGUGGACCAUACUAAGAACUGUGGACCAUACCAAGAACUGUAGACUUGGACCAUACUAAGAACUGUGGACCAUACUAAGAACUGUUAACCAUACUAAGAACUGUUAACCAUACUAAGAACUGUGGAACAUACUAAGAACUGAAGACUUGGACCAUACUAAGAACUGUGGACCUGGGCCAUACCAAGAACUGUGGACCAUACCGAGAACUAUGGAAGUGGAUCAUACGAAGAACAAUGGACCUGGACCAAAUGAAGUCUCGUCUCUCGUGGCCUGGUGUCUUGUAACCUUCUAAAACGAGUUUAAAGAGGAAGAACCCUAAACAAUGUUGAAAAAAUCUUGAGAGUCUAUCAUGUUUUCUGGUGCAGUUUAAACAUGACAUAAGUAAAUUUCCA